AUGGCUCAACAACAGACUGAUAAUGUGAUGCGAAGGAAGUUGGUGAUCAUCGGGGAUGGUGCCUGCGGAAAGACCAGUCUGCUCAGCGUCUUCACCCUGGGCUAUUUUCCAACCCACUAUGUUCCGACGGUGUUUGAGAAUUACGUGACGGAUUGCAGAGUGGAUGGCCGUUCGGUUCAAUUGGCACUAUGGGAUACUGCUGGUCAGGAAGAUUACGAACGAUUGCGUCCGCUCGCUUAUUCCAAGGCGCAUGUGAUCCUUAUUGGGUUCUCCGUGGACACGCCCGAUUCGCUGGAGAACGUCAAACAUAAGUGGAUUGAAGAAGCGAACGAACGAUGUCCGGGUGUCCCUAUCAUCCUUGUCGGGUUGAAGAAAGAUCUGCGGGAAGAUCCACUGGCCGUCGAGGAGAUGAGAAAGAAGUCGCUAAAGUUCGUGACGUCGAAAGAAGGAAGCGACAUCUCAACGCAGAUCGGAGCACGCAAGUAUCUCGAGUGUUCCUCAUUAACCGGCGAGGGCGUCGACGAUGUAUUCGAGGCGGCCACGCGUGCCGCGCUCCUGACGUUCGACAAGCGAAAAAGCUCAUGCUGCAUUGUGCUAUAA